CUCCCAAAAAAUUAAAAUAUUAUAAUACAAAUAGUAACAGAGAGACUGCGCGGUAAAACAGCUUUUUUGAAAUCAUAAAAAUGGCGGCAUUUGCAGGAAGUCAAACAGAAACAAAAUCAGAAAAAAAAUUCCGCCGCUUCUUCACCUCAGUUUUCCGUCCACCAAAACCCACUAUAAAAAUCCAUUCACCUCUCCCACUCAAGCAAACGCACAGUAAUCAGCGCCGGCACCUGGCUAAAAACCCUAAUCCCAUUUCCCGCAAGCUCUUAGAAAAGAGGGGCUUUCGAUAAAUGGCCGGCAUCGAAAACCAAGUCCCCACGAGAAACAGAGCAUCUCGUAAGAGACCCAAUCAAUCCGCCGGAACCAAUCCGGCGAAAAAGAAUCGGGUUGUAUUGGGUGAUCUCACGAACACCUCCUCCAAUUCGUUGUCUCGGAACCCGGGUCUGGGGAAAACUCGCAAACUCAAACAGGAUCCGGAUCCGAAGAAGAGGGAAAAUGAAUUGAAUCUACAAUUGGUGGCUAGCCCGGGACCCGAUGAGCAGCCGCCGCAGAAGUCGGGAUACGCUUCUUCGAUAUUUCGACAUCUACACUCUUUGGAGGUCGAGGCGAAACGAAGGCCGUUGUCGAAUUACAUCGAAAAGAUUCAAAACGACAUCACCCCAGUUAUGCGAUCGAUUCUAGUCGACUGGUUGGUCGAAGUUUCGCAAGAAUACAAGCUCCUUUCAGACACACUGUUUCUCACCGUAAACUGUAUAGACCUUUAUUUAACAGCCCAUAAAAUUACCAGGAAAAACCUUCAGCUUCUCGGUGUAGCUUGCAUGCUUGUCGCAUCAAAAUAUGAAGAAAUUAGUCCUCCGCGUGUCGAGGAUUUUUGCUACAUAACAGACAACACGUACACGAAAGAAGAGGUAGUGAAUAUGGAAAAGGAUGUCCUUAAUUUUCUCGAUUUUCAGAUGGGUAGCCCGACAACUAAAACAUUUCUCAGAAUUUUUACGACGGCUGCUCAAGAUAAACCUGUGUUCUCGAAUCUCAAAUUCGACUAUUUUUGCUGCUGUCUGGCUGAGCUGAGUUUAGUCGAUUACGAUUGUGUUCGACACCUUCCAUCUAAGAUUGCUGCUUCGGUCGUUUUUCUUGCGAGAUUGACUAUCGACCCGCAUUUUCACCCAUGGACACUGGAUCUACAACAACAUACGGGUUAUAAACCGUACGAACUCAAAGAUUGUGUACUCAGACUCCAAAAUCUGCUACUCAGAAGUGAAACUUCUGCAAAAGCCGUUCGACAGAAGUAUAUGGAUCACAAGUUCAAAUGCGUCGCCUCACUGAGUCCGCCCGGCGAAAUUCCCGCAUUAUUAUUCGAGGAGGGAUUUCGGACACGAGCAAUACCAGACUUUGUUGGUACACGUAUGGAAGACAUUGACUGAAAUGCCCCUCUUUUUUCUUGACAUAUAUUUUUUAGAUUUUGAUCUUUCUGGUGUUUCGAAAUCGUCUCACACAGCGUUCCUGUAACAAACUUGUUACUAAUUAAAUAAAACUGUUGGUUUGUUUGGUGUUCAAGAAAAGGAAAGAGAAGACAUUCUUGUAAGAAACACUGGUGAUGUAUAUGAUAUGAUAUAUAUCCUUUUGGUGAAAUGAAUAAAGAUUAGAUUUAUGAA